GGAAACUGUCAUUUAAAAAGUUCUAUUUUACCCUAAAACCCAUAAAUCCCUAUGACUCUCUUCCCUCUCCUAUUCACUGCUGUCAGUUUAGUGUGUCAUUCUAGCUCUUUCUGUAUUAAUUUGCAUGCAUCGAUUCUUUUUUUCUAUCAUUUACAUAAGUAUGUACCACAGUAAAACCCGGUAUUGUUUUGUGAGGUUUAUUUACGUAUAAAAGAAUAACUAAAUACAUAUUUUUUGCAACUAGAAUUUUUUAACACGCUCCAAAAUGUCUUGGGGGAACUUUCCAAGUCAGUAUAGCAUAGUAUCUCACAAUUGUAUAUAGUCUAUUGUAAAUAUAACUAUUUCCUCAACUGAAUGGGAGUUUGGUGUUUCUAACAUUUCAAACAACUCAAAAAAUAACGUCUGUCUGUACUCAGUUUAAUAUGUACAGGUAAUUCUGCCACUACUAGCUAUGAUUUUAAACAAAUUAUGACUUGGACAAGUCUCAAAAGAAAGCAAGCUUUUAACCUAUGCUCUGAUUCAUGUGUAAACCAUAAUCUAAUCCAAUUUACAGGAUUGUACUGAGGAUCAGGAUUAACGGCAAGCUCUAGUAACUGUUACCUAAUACCGUUAACUAUCCUUGGUUCGCUCUGAUCCCUUAUUCUUGGUUCCUUUUAAGACUUGAUUCUAGCUGACUUGCAGUGAUGUUAUCUUUCAGAUCAGAGUGACUCUGAGCCUGGCGAGAGUGCUCCCUUUUCAUCGCUUUUUCUCCCGCUUUUACGGAGAGAGAUUCUUCUGUCGGUUGGUGGUGUCUUUUAUUUUCAACAGCUAACGGAGGAAGGCAGGCCCGACCUCACUCGGGUCUUUUGACCUGGGUGGCAGUGUCUACAUUGCUCCUUCUCCAUUCUAAUCUGCCUAGGCAGACAUAUUUCACCUCAGUUGUUGUGUUUGUCCACCACACCAACCUAUCAAGGAAGGCAGGCCUGACCUCACUGGGGUCCUCUGACCUGGGUGGUAGUGUCUUCAUUGCCUCUUGUCCAUUAAAAUCUGCCUAGGCAGACAUAUUUCAUCUGAGUUGUUGUGUUUCUCCACCAUCACCAACCUAUCAAGGAAGACAGGCCAGACCUCACUCGGGUCCUCUGACCCGGGUGGCAGUGUCUUCCUUGCCCCUUCUCCAUUAGAAUCUGCCACCAGCGAUUAUCUCUCUUGACUUGUUGGGUUUUUCCACCAUUACCAACUAAUUGAGGAAGGCAGGCCUGACCUCACUCAGGUCCUCUGACCUGGGUAGCAGUGUCUUCAUUGCCCCUUCUUCAUUAGAAUCUGCCUAGGCAGACAUAUUUCAUCUCAGUUGUUGUGUUUGUCCACCAUCACCAACUCAUCCAGGAAAGCAGGCCUGACCUUUCUCAGGUCCUCUGACUCAGGUGGCAGUGUCUUCAUUGCCCCUUUUUCAUUAGAAUCUGCCUCUGCAGAUUAUAUAUCCUGAGUUGUUGUGUUUGUCCACCAUCACCAACCUAUUGAGGAGGGCAGGCCCGACCUCACUCAGGUCCUCUGACCUGGGUGGCAGUGUCUUCAUUGCCCCUUCUUCAUUAGAAUCUGCCUAGGCAGACAUAUUUCAUCUCAGUUGUUGUGUUUGUCCACCGUCACCAACUCAUCCAGGAAGACAGGCCAGACCUCACUCGAGUCCUCUGACCUGGGUGGCAGUGUCUUCAUUUCCCCUUCUCCAUUAGAAUUUACCUCCGGGGCUUAUCUCUCUUCAGUUGUGUCUUUCCACCAUUACCAACUGAUUGAGGAAAGCAGGCCUGACCUCACCUGGGUCCUCUGACCCAGGUGGCAGUGUCUUCAUUGCCCCUUCUCCAUUAGAACCUGCCUCUGAAGAUUAUAUAUUCUGAGUUAUUGUGUUUGUCCACCAUCACCAACCUAUUGAGGAAGGCAGUCCCGACCUCACUCCGGUCCUCUGACCUGGGUGGCAGUGUCUUCAUUGCCCCUUCUCCAUUAGAAUCUGCCUAGGCAGACAUAUUUCAUCUCAGUUGUUGUGUUUGUCCACCGUCACCAACUCAUCCAGGAAGGCAGGCCUGAUCUCACUUGGAUCCUCUGACCCAGGUGGCAGUGUCUUCAUUGCCCCUUCUCCAUUAGAAUCUGCCGCUGCAGAUCCUAUCUUCUGAGUUGUUGUGUUUUUCCACCAUCACCACUAACUGAGGAAGGCAGGCUCGACCUCGCUCGGGUCCUGUGACCCAGGUGGCAGUGUCUUCAUUGCGCCUUUUCCAUUAGAAUCUGCCUAGGCAGACAUAUUUCACCUGAGUUGUUGUGUUUGUCCACCAUCACCAACCUAUCAAGGAAGGCAGGCCCGACCUCACUCUGGUCCUCUGACCCGGGUGGCAGUGUCUUCAUUGCCCCUUCUCCAUUAGAAUCUGCCUCUGUAGAUUAUAUCUUUUGAGUUUUUGUGUUUGCCCACCAUCAUCAACCUAUCGAGGAAGGCAAGCCUGACCUCACUCGGGUCCUCUGACCCAGGUGGCAGUGUCUUCAUUGCCCCUUCUCCAUUAGAAUCUGCCUACGCAGAUUAUUUCAUCUGAGUUGUUGUGUUUUUCCACCAUUACCAACUAAUUGAGGAACACCAGUCACUGGAUUAGGAUCCUUUAACCUGAUCAGCUUGUAUAAGCCCUGUCUCCACCUAAGGUUCUAUUCUGAGGUCCUGAAGUGCCCUCUGAUAACUGAGUCUCUGCGUGGGCUGCCACUGCUGGGACACGUGUAUUGACAGCGUAUCUGAGCACUCUAACAAUAAAAGGAAGAGUUGAACAAUGACCAUAGUUGACAAAGCUUCUGAAUCUUCAGACCCAUCAACCUGUCAGAAUCAGCCUGGCAGUUCCGAGGCAGUCUCACCUGAAGACAUGGAUGCAAGUUCUGCCAGCUGGGGUGCUGUGUCUUCAUUAAAUGAUGUUUCAAAUCACACACUCUCUUUAGGACCAGUACCUGGUGCUGUAGUUUAUUCGAAUUCAUCUGUACCCGAUAAGUCAAAGCAAUCACCACAAAAGGAUCAAGCCCUAGGUGAUGGCAUUGCUCCUCCACAGAAGGUACUUUUCCCAUCUGAGAAGAUUUGUCUUAAGUGGCAACAAACUCAUAGAGUUGGAGCUGGGCUCCAGAAUUUGGGCAAUACCUGUUUUGCCAAUGCAGCAUUGCAAUGUUUAACUUACACGCCACCUCUCGCCAAUUAUAUGCUAUCACAUGAACACUCCAAGACAUGUCAUGCAGAAGGAUUUUGUAUGAUGUGCACAAUGCAAGCGCAUAUUACCCAGGCACUCAAUAAUCCUGGGGACGUUAUUAAACCAAUGUUUGUCAUCAAUGAGAUGCGGCGUAUAGCUAGGCAUUUCCGUUUUGGAAACCAAGAAGAUGCCCAUGAAUUUCUUCAGUACACUGUUGAUGCUAUGCAAAAAGCCUGCUUGAAUGGCAGCAAUAAAUUGGACAGACACACCCAGGCCACCACAUUCGUCUGUCAGAUAUUUGGCGGAUACCUACGAUCUAGAGUAAAAUGUUUAAAUUGCAAGGGCGUUUCAGAUACUUUUGAUCCAUAUCUCGAUAUAACCUUGGAGAUAAAGGCUGUUCAGAGUGUUAACAAGGCAUUGGAGCAAUUUGUGAAGCCCGAACAGCUUGAUGGAGAAAAUGCGUACAAGUGCAGCAAGUGUAAAAAGAUGGUUACAGCUUCAAAGAGGUUCACUAUACAUAGAUCCUCCAAUGUUCUUACACUUUCUCUGAAACGAUUUGCAAAUUUUACUGGUGGAAAAAUUGCUAAGGAUGUGAAGUACCCUGAGUAUCUUGAUAUUCGGCCAUACAUGUCUCAACCAAAUGGAGAGCCAAUAAUCUAUGUCUUAUACGCAGUGCUGGUACACACUGGCUUUAAUUGCCACGCUGGCCACUACUUCUGCUACAUCAAAGCUAGCAACGGCCUCUGGUACCAAAUGAAUGACUCCAUUGUAUCUACCAGUGAUAUUAGAUCGGUACUUAGUCAGCAAGCCUAUGUGCUCUUUUAUAUCAGGUCCCACGAUGUGAAAAACGGAGGCGAACUUGCUCAUUCUACCCACAGCCCCGGCCAGUCCUCUCCCCGCCCAGUGAUCAAUCAGCGGGUCGUCAACAACAAGCAGGCCGCGGCAGGGUUCAUCGGACCACAGCUUCCCUCUCACAUAAUGAAGAAUCCACCUCACUUGAAUGGGACUGGACCACUGAAAGAUACACCAAGCAGUUCCAUGUCAAGCUCUAAUGGAAAUUCCAAUGUCAACAUGGCUAGUCCUGUUAAUGCUUCAACUUCUGUUCAAAACUGGGCAGUUAACAGGUCUUCUGUUAUCCCAGAACAUCCCAAGAAGCAGAAGAUCACUAUCAGUAUUCACAACAAGUUGCCUGGUCGCCAAGGCCCAUCUCAGCCUAACCUUCAUAGCAAUUCUGUGGAGAACCCUAACAAGCCUGCUCCCUCUUCUACCAUUACUAAUUCUUCUGCAAUACAGUCUACCUCGACUACAUCUACAAUGUCAAUUUCUAGCAAAGUAACAAAACUUACUACCCCGAGCGAAGCCUGUUCCAAGCCUGUGAUGAAUGGCAAGUCCAAGCUGAACUCCAGCGUAUUGGUUCCCUAUGGCGCUGAGUCAUCUGAAGAGUCUGACGAGGAGCCCAAGGGGCUGGGCAAGGAGAAUGGUGUCAGCGCCAUCUCCAGCUCCCUCUCUCCUAGCCAAGGUGCUGAAGAUGACGAGGUCUCACAGCAUGAGCUCCAAGAACCUAUUACUCUAAAUGGUGCUAACAAUGUAGACAGUGACCCAAAAGAAAAUGGUCUGCCAUUUGAUGAUGCCGAUUGCCAAGUCCAGCCUGCUCUACACUCAGAAAAUCCCUUUUCUAAGGCAAAUGGUCUGCCUGGAAAGUUGAUGCCUGCUCUGUUGCCAUCUCUCCCAGAAGACAACAUCUUAGAGACCUUCAAACUUAGCAAUGCAGUGAAAGGCUCGACGGAUGAAACCAGUAUACCUGGAGCUGAGAAAACCCCUCCCGAGGAGCAGGACAUGGAAGUCGAGGAGGCUGGGAGCCCCGCUGAUGAUCCCGAAGAGAAGCUGGAGACAGUCGAGAGUCUCGGCAGCAAGUUAAAGAAGGUUUUGUCACUUCCUGACCCUAGCGUCAAAUCUACCAAAGAAGUCGUCUCUGAGAACAGUUCAGCAAAACCUGAUGAAUCUUUGUCUGGUAUCAACAUUCUUUGUAACACCAACAAGAACACCCUAGGCGAUGAUCAGCUCUCUAAACUGUGUGACCCUGGGGACUUAACAGAUGAUCAGAGCAAACCAUCCCAAGAUGUAAAAGGGACAUUAGUAGAGAGUCCACAGGACACGGUGCCAGUGGAAACUGUGGAGAAGUUGAGCCCAGCUCCCUCGGCACAUUCAGAAGAUGGACGUGAGUGUCAGGCCCUGGCUUACCUCGGGAGAGACAGAGGCAAGGACGAGGAAGACCUUCCCAGCAGCAUGGGCGUGUGUGCUGAGGGGCUGCCCCCUCCUCAGCCAGAUAAGACCACAGGAGAUCCUUCAGAAGGGGACACUGAGCAGAGCCAUGCGGAGAGAUGUGAUGAAAGUAAGGUGGGACAAAAGGUCCGGGAUCGUUCUCCAAUUAAGGAAAAGAUCAGUAGCCUAAGAAAAGUUGAUCGAGGACAUUACCGUAAUCGAAGGGCUCGUUCCUCCAGCGGAGAACACGCAAAGGAAAGUAGGAGCAAAACCGAGGACCAUUAUUACAGAAAGCGCCGCUCCUAUGUCCGAGAGCGGUCCAGGCAGGACCGCUACACUACAGAGCACUGCAACGGGAGCCAGCACCACCUGAACCACGGUGACAGAGUCAGCCCCGGCGAACGCCACUCUCUGGUCAGGUACAGCUACCACCACUCUCGAAACAGAAGUGGAUCUGACCAGGACUGGAACAGGUACCACCAUGCAGAAGGUGAACACAUCUGGGGCCGGGAGAAAUACUACCCAGAUAAAAUGAGGUGGGACAAAUGCAGGUACUACCACGACAGGUACGCUCCUUACACAGCCAGGGAGUCUCGGGAAUGGAAGCCCUUCCCUGGAGGCCGCGAGCCCGACAGAGCAGGGCAGCGCCAUGGCCGGCUGCACAAAGACUACUACAGGAGCCGCAAGGACUACGAGGUGGCUGCCAAAGAGAAGGUACGGCACCAUCUCAGCAGCCCCCGAGCAGGCCCGCCCCACUCCCUUCCCCCCUACCCCGAGAAGUUCUCACAUGACAAAAUUGCACUCGGAGCCGAAGACAACAGUUGUAACCUCUCUGAUCGGUUUCACGAACAUGAAAAUGUAAAGUCACGGAAAAGGAGAUAUGAUAAUGUAGAAAAUAAUGACAGUCACGUAGAAAAGAAAGCCCAGAGAAGCUUACAAAAGGAUCCCUUAGAAGAGCCUAAAGUGAAGAAGCACAAAAAAUCAAAGAAGAAAAAGAAAUCCAAAGACAAACACCGAGAUCGCAAUUCCAGGCAUCAGCAGGAGUCGGACCUUUCAGUAGUUUGCUCAGAUGCUGACCUCCACAGACACAAAAAGAAAAAGAAGAAAAAGAAGAGACAUUCAAGAAAAUCAGAGGACUUUUUUAAAGAUUCAGAACUACACUUACCUAAGUCCGCCGACUAUGAGACUGUUGACCGUUUCCGGAGAUCCGAGGGCGGCUUUCUACUCACCGAUGGCCUGCUUCCGGAAGGGGUCGGACCUUUCCGUGAGAAAACAAAGCAUUUAAGGAUGGAAAACAGGGACAACAGGGGUCAUCUGUUUGAGUAUGGCCAGGGUAAUUGAAAACUCGGCCUCAAAACAAAACAUUCACUAGUUACGAUUCAACGUGUUCAACAGAAGCCAUCCCCAACCCAGCUUAAAUUAUAAAUACGGAAAAUAACUUUGUUCAAAUCUGCGUGGUGCUUCUUUAGUAAAUAUUGUACAGAUUUUACCAUGGAGAACUUUUUUUUUUAGUUUUUACCUUUUCUUAAUUACCCUUCCGAAAGGAUGAACACUUUCUACAACAACUGCUGACCAUUGUAAAAUACCGUGUAUAUAAAUCACAUUGAAAAUAAUGCCCUGGAAUAGAACAUCUCAAAUGCUGCUUAAUUACAGACUCAGGUUGAUUACUUGUAUUUCAUGUAAUGUUCCUCCAAGUUAGACAUCUGGUGCAAGACCAACCGGGAAACCAUGGAAUUGUUAAAAGUACAAACUGACAGUGUGUAUAUUUAAUUUAAAGACUUAUUUAAAAAUUCACAAGCUCUCAACUACACUUCGAGAGCAGUGUUUUCUGUAAUGUCUGAUACUAGAAACUAAUUUGCUUCAUAUUUUAGUUGUAUUCAAGAUUUGAAGAUGUAUUUUAUAGACAAGUUCUGUUUUUGAACUUUGUGGAACUGUUCAAUCAAUUUCCCAGUUAUGAUGAGUAUUCACAUUAUGAAUGUAUAACCCAAACAUUAUUUGUAAAGCCUACAGAAUGUUUUUAUUACAUAACACUUUUUUAUACAGUGUCUCUUGUCUUGACUGUAUGAUAUUGGAGUCUGAGUUGUCAGCUUGGUCCCUUAAAGUUUCUAGUUACAGACAAAAUCAUACUGUGAUUUUAUUUUUAAUAUGGAUAUGCUAUCAAACUGUGAUACACUUAUAAUUCACUGGUCCUGCAUCAGGAGAUGGAGUGGGGAAAACUGUAUUUAAUACAGUUUGUAUCUGAAUAAUCUGUAUGGUUUAUACAGUUUGUGUUGUUCAGAGAUGUCUAAAGUUUGAUCUUUGUUUUUUUAAAGAUUAAAAAAGCACUUGCCCCACUGUAAAUAUUCAGCAUGUAAAAUUUAUAUAGUAUAUAAAUGGCAGCAAAUUACA